CCCGAGGAGUCCAGGCGGCGGCCAUCUUGGCCGUCCCAUCACGCCUCCCAGCAACGCUCAGGAGGAAGUGCGCGAUCUAUCGGUUGUACUUCUAGGGUCAGCUCUCUCAGUCAAACUAGCUUCAAAGAGCGGUUAGAGGAAGGCUGUGUCGCAGCAGCAUCCCAGGAUGGACUCAGACAUUUUGAACAUAGAGGAGAUAGUGAUGGGUCAGGCCUUGCCAGACCCACCACCAGAGGCCCCCCCUGAAAAGCCAGCACUGCCUCACAAACCCGCCUUUCUGAAUGGACCUCCAGCUCCUUCUGUCCAGACCUAUCAGCAUGAGAACCUGCAGUGCUUCCAGUGCUUCAUCACCUUCUGCAACGCCAAAGCAAAGGAGAGACACAUGAAGAAGAGCCACAGGGAGGAGUACAAACAGCAGCUUCAGCAAGGAAACACACUGUUUACGUGCUACGUGUGCGACCGCACGUUCCUGUCGUCCGAGGAAUUAACGCAGCAUCAGCCGACACACAGCAAUGACGACAAGCCUUUCAAGUGCGUUCACUGCAAGGAGAGCUUUAAAACGUUCUCUGAGCUCACGUCCCACAGAAGACAGGUGUGUCCGGAGAAGCUGCUGGUCUGUAAAGAUUGCGGCCAGACCUUCCGCAGUCCCGGGCUGCUGCGCACUCACCGCCUGACCCAGCACCCCCGCCCCGACGAGCCCGCAGAGCAGCCGGAGGACCCGUCCAAACCUCACCGCUGUAAGAAGUGCGGCCAGGGAUUCGAAGCAGAAUCAGAGCUGCAGGCGCACCAGGAGAAGUACCCCGAAGGCCAGCAGUGCAACGGCAGCACUUCCCCCGUCAAGAAACGGGGUCGCCCGGCCAAAGCCGAAGACCCCGCGGCUUCCGAGAAGAAGGGAAAGCGGAAAAAGAAAGACGAGGAGGAGUCGUCCGAGGAGGCGGCGAAGGCCGGCGGCGCGGCAGAGCCUGCUGCUGCUGCACCUGCUGCGCCGGGUGGAGCAAAGCGCGGCCGUCCUCCUAAAGCGGCGGCGGCGGCAGAAACGGAGGAUAAGAAAGGUUCGGAGGACGACGGCCAAGCGAAGGAGAAGAAACCAAAAGACGAGCUGCCUCUUAAGAUCCCGUGUUCGGUGUGUGACAUGACGUUCCCGGGCCUGGCGCAGCUCCGCGCUCACAAGAAGGAGAAACACACCCCACGCAAAGCCCAUCCCUGCGAAGAAUGUGACGAGAGCUUUGGCCGAGCCGACCAGCUGGAGGCCCACAUGUCGCGGGCCCACGCCGCCGGCCGUCUGUCCUGUCCCACCUGCGGCAAGAGCUUCAGCCGGGAGCGCACCUUGCAAGCUCACCUGAAGAGCCACCCGGAGGAGAAGGCCGAAAACCCGGACAAGUCCGGCGCCAACAGAUAAUUUAGCCCGCAGAAAGUUUGUGCUUUUUCAGUCCUUUUAGUCCUGAAUUGUCCCUUUCUUUUAAAUUUGGGCGACGUCAGAGUCUGAACGAUGUUUUUAAACAAAGUGGGAACGGUUUGGAGAAUCGGGUUUUAGCAGGUUGUUACUUUUAAAGCCGCGUUUGAUUAUGAGCCGCGGAAGUCUGACAUCUCAUGAGUUGACUAACCAAGUUUUAAACGCAUCUCUUACUCUGCUCAGCUCAGUUGUAUAAAGAAGCAGGUUUGGUUCUCUUUUAAAUGAAUUUUGGUUGUUUUUAGUUGAAGGUGUGCGCUUUUGAAUUUAUUUUGGUAUUUUCAGUUGAUUUACUCACUUUGUGAGGGAUUUUAUUUGUAAGUUUGUUUUUCAUUUUUGCCCCCCCUCCCCAACAGAUGUAAGUACAUACUUUUAAUAAUUAGAUGCCUUGUAGAAAUACUAUGUGAACAUCCGACUGUUUAAAAGAAAUGUGUUAUGUACAGUUUCUGUUUUCAUUUUGGUUCAUUUUUUGCUUCUUACCUUUUUAAAUUAAACUUUAAUGACAGAGAAAUGUUCUGUUUUGCCAUGAAAAGACGGUGGCUAAACGCUCCAGAUCUGAUCUAGAGCGUUUGGCAUGUGGGCAGAAAACAUCCUUUUAUAAUCCUGAUUUUUCUUUUCCUUCUUCUUUUACAGAUCAAUUCUUAUAUUUAGUUUUUCACUUGUUAAAGUAAUAUUUCCUGUCUUUAAAAAAAAAAAGUUCAAGAUUCUCAUAAGAAACUGUGUAGAUCAUGUUACUCACCUGGUUUCUCCUCAAUGUGUCUGGACACUGCAAAAAAUGAAAUAAACAGGCUGUCUCAAAGGGAAGCCACCGAUGAAA